AUGCGGAUAGGAUUAGGCCGUGCCAAAGGCAUGGUGGCCUUCUGCACUUCGGAGUACGGCGCCUAUACUGGUGCUGGCUACGAAACCUUCCAUGAAUUGGAAUAUGCACACGACAACAAUUUGUAUAUAUUCCCCAUUAGGCUGUGUGAGCAGUGGCCACCUGCGCCACAAAACAAUGAAAGAGGCACUUUUCAAAAUCGUCUGGUGUUCAAGAAUGGCCUUGUGUUUGUAGAUGAUCGGCAGAUGAACAAUGCCGAAGGCGCUGCCGACCAGAUUGCGGAUUCUGUUACCAGCAGUGGCAUCUUUGCCAAUUAG